AUGUUUAUUGGCGGUCUCAACUGGGAGACUACGGAUCAAUCCCUGCGAGACUACUUCACCCAAUUUGGAGAGGUCGUCGAGUGCACUGUCAUGAGAGAUAGCAGCACGGGCCGGUCAAGGGGCUUCGGCUUUUUGACAUUCAGAGACCCGAAGACAGUCAACAUUGUUAUGGUCAAGGAACACUUUUUAGAUGGCAAAAUUAUCGAUCCCAAGCGUGCGAUUCCUCGGGAUGAGCAGGAAAAGACCAGCAAGAUCUUCGUCGGCGGUGUCAGCCAGGAGACCACUGACCAAGAAUUCAAGGACUACUUUGCUCAAUUUGGGCGUGUUGUUGACGCCACUUUGAUGAUGGACAAGGAUACCGGUCGUCCUCGUGGGUUCGGUUUCGUUACAUUCGAGAGCGAAGCCGGUGUUGAGGCAUGCUUGAGCACCAGUCUGGAAAUUCACGGCAAGCCGAUUGAAGUCAAGAAGGCCCAGCCACGUGGCAAUCUCAGAGAAGAAGAAGAAGCUGCCCGACGGAGCGGCAAGUUCAGGAAGGGCGAAGAUAAUGCUCAGAAUGGCCAAGGCGGUAUGGGAGGUAGCCAGAUGGCUGCUACCGGUGGUAUGACGCCGCAGGUCAUGGCUCAGUAUUUCCAGCGGAUGCAACAGUACUUUGCCAUGAUGCAGCAGCAGAUGGCUAUGAGCCGGGGUCAGCCGCAGCAGCAGCAGCCGCAGCAGCAAGUUGGUCAGGGCCCGCGACGAGGUGGGGGCGGUGGCGGUGGAGGUGCCCCUCGCGACCAGUACAACCAAGGUGGUGCCUAUGCCAUGGGUGGCGGUGGUGGCGCCCCGACGUCUUGGGAGGGCAUGUAUGACGACGUCCCUCAGCCCAAUUUGAAUCAGGGUGGCCGAGGAGGUUACAGAGGCGGACAUCGCGGCGGUUCCCACAGCGGUGGCUCUCAUCAGGGAUCGCCGGAUCCCGCACACGCUCCGCCUGCCAACGCUCCUACAGGACCGAAGAACGCGGGCAGACCCGGUGCUAACUACCGUGGCGGCGGCCGAAGCGGGAACCGCGGUUUCCACCCUUACUCGCGUUGA